CUCUGACAUCCACAUGCUGCUCGGCCUGAAAAGGCGAGGGGGGGAGCCGGAGGGGAGGCAGAGGAGGCGAGCGAGGCACCAGCCCGCAGCCCGCAGCCCGCCCCCGGCACAGCCUCGGAAGCGCAGACGCUCGGCCGGCCGCUGGGCGAGGUGGAGGUGAGGCCGGGCGCCGGCCAACUCGGGGAGCCGCUCGCGCGCUCGCCCGCGACCCCGGCCGCCGCACCCGCGGCAGCACCGGCGGCGCCGCAGCCUCCAGCCCCGCGCUCCCCUCCGGGGACUGGCCAGGCGGGGUGUAGCCGCUGGGGGAGGCUCCCGCUGAGGAAGCCCGGAGGGCGCAGGAGCCCGGCGGCUGGCUUGCCUGCACCCGCUCCGCCUGUCCGGCGGUUGGUGUCUCUCGCCCGCGUGUGUGUCCCGGGGUGCCAGGGGGACCUGUGUCAGUUUGCGCCUCUGAGAUCGCACAGCUGCCUAGGGACCGUGUGAUGCCCAAGGCAAUUCUUGGCUUUGAUUUUCCUCGUUGUUACUGUUAUUUUACGCUUGGCUUUCGGGAAACCCUCGCGAUCUUGUAGGAUAAAGGAAAUGACACUUUGAGGAACUGGAGAGAACACACACGCGCUUGGGUUUGAAGAGGAAACCGGUCCCCGCUUCCCCAGCCGGCCCCCUCUCUGCUGGUUUCAGGAGCUGUCUCCUGGUGAGGUGGGGAUUCCAGCAAGGAUAAAGGUGAAGACGGACUGGCUGCCAGGACCCAGGAGGGGAACGCGGAUCGUUAGAGACCUUUGCAGAAGAAGACGCCACAAGGAAGAAAAUUAGAGAGAGGAAAAACACAAAGACAUAAUUAUAGGAGAUCCCACAAACCUAGACCUGGAGAAAGCCUCUCUGUCCAAAAAAAAUGGAUAUGUUUCCUCUUACCUGGCUCUUCCUAGCUCUGUACUUUUCAGGACACAAAGUGAGAAGCCAACAAGACCCACCCUGCGGAGGUCGGCUGAAUUCCAAAGAUGCUGGCUACAUCACCUCCCCAGGGUACCCCCAAGACUAUCCCUCUCACCAGAACUGUGAAUGGGUUGUCUAUGCCCCCGAACCCAACCAGAAGAUCGUCCUCAACUUCAACCCUCACUUUGAAAUCGAGAAGCAUGACUGCAAGUAUGACUUCAUUGAGAUUCGAGAUGGGGACAGUGAGUCAGCUGACCUCCUAGGCAAACACUGCGGGAACAUCGCCCCACCCACCAUCAUCUCCUCUGGCUCCAUGUUGUACAUCAAGUUCACGUCAGAUUACGCCCGGCAGGGGGCAGGUUUCUCUCUACGCUAUGAGAUCUUCAAAACAGGCUCUGAAGAUUGUUCUAAGAACUUCACAAGCCCCAAUGGGACCAUUGAAUCUCCAGGAUUCCCAGAGAAGUACCCACACAAUCUGGACUGUACCUUUACCAUCCUGGCCAAACCCAGGAUGGAGAUCAUCCUGCAGUUUCUGACCUUUGACCUGGAGCAUGACCCUCUACAAGUAGGGGAAGGAGACUGCAAAUAUGACUGGCUGGACAUCUGGGAUGGCAUUCCACAUGUUGGGCCUCUGAUUGGCAAGUACUGUGGAACCAAAACACCCUCCAAACUCCGCUCAUCCACGGGGAUCCUCUCCCUGACCUUUCACACGGACAUGGCAGUGGCUAAGGAUGGCUUCUCCGCACGUUACUACUUGGUCCACCAGGAGCCGCCUGAGAACUUUCAGUGCAAUGUCCCUCUGGGAAUGGAGUCCGGCCGGAUUGCUAAUGAACAGAUCAGUGCCUCGUCUACCUUCUCCGAUGGAAGGUGGACUCCUCAACAGAGCCGGCUCCAUGGUGAUGACAAUGGCUGGACGCCCAACUUGGAUUCCAACAAGGAGUACCUCCAGGUGGACCUGCGCUUCCUGACUGUGCUCACAGCCAUUGCAACGCAGGGAGCCAUUUCCAGGGAGACCCAGAGAGGCUACUACGUCAAAUCCUACAAGCUGGAGGUCAGCACCAACGGUGAAGACUGGAUGGUAUACCGGCACGGCAAAAACCACAAGAUCUUUCAAGCUAACAGCGAUGCCGCAGAGGUGGUUCUAAACAAGCUCCACGUGCCUCUGCUGACGAGGUUCGUCAGGAUCCGCCCGCAGACAUGGCACCUGGGCAUCGCCCUGCGCCUGGAGCUCUUCGGCUGCCGGGUCACAGAUGCACCCUGCUCCAACAUGCUGGGCAUGCUCUCAGGCCUCAUUGCUGAUCCCCAGAUCUCGGCCUCCUCCACCCGAGAGUACCUCUGGAGCCCCAGUACGGCCCGCCUGGUUAGCAGCCGCUCUGGCUGGUUCCCUCGGAACCCUCAAGCCCAGCCGGGUGAGGAAUGGCUUCAGGUGGACCUGGGGACACCCAAGACGGUGAAAGGUGUCAUCAUACAAGGGGCCCGAGGAGGAGACAGCAUCACCGCCAUGGAAGCCAGGGCAUUUGUACGCAAGUUCAAAGUCUCCUACAGCCUGAAUGGCAAGGAAUGGGAAUAUAUCCAGGACCCCAGGACUCAGCAGCCGAAGCUGUUUGAAGGGAACAUGCACUACGACGCCCCCGACAUCCGAAGGUUCGAGCCAGUUCCCGCGCAGUACGUGAGGGUGUACCCGGAGAGGUGGUCACCAGCGGGCAUUGGGAUGAGGCUGGAGGUCCUGGGCUGUGACUGGACAGACUCAAAGCCCACAGCGGAGACUCUGGGACCCACCGUAAAGGGUGAAGGGACUACCACUCCAUACCCCAUGGACGAGGAUGCCACGGAGUGCGGGGAGAACUGCAGCUUUGAGGAUGACAAGGACUUACAACUCCCUGAGGGAUUCAACUGCAACUUCGACUUCCCAGAAGAGCCCUGCAGUUGGAUGUAUGACCGUGCCAAGUGGUUCAGAAGCACCUGGGUCAGCAGUGCCAGCCCCAAUGACCGAACGUUUCCAGAUGACAAGAACUUCUUGAGGCUACAGAGUGAUGGCCGUCGAGAGGGCCAGUAUGGGCGCCUCAUCAGCCCACCAGUGCACCUGCCCCGAAGCCCUGUGUGCAUGGAGUUCCAGUACCAAGCCACAGGUGGCCACGGGGUGGCGCUGCAGGUGGUUCGGGAAGCCAGCCAGGAGAGCAAACUCCUCUGGGUCAUCCGUGAGGGUCAGGGCAGCGAGUGGAAGCACGGUCGCAUUAUCCUGCCCAGCUACGACAUGGAGUAUCAGAUCGUGUUCGAGGGAGUGAUAGGAAAAGGACGAUCGGGAGAGAUUUCCAUCGAUGACAUUCGGAUAAGCACUGAUGUCCCCCUGGAGAACUGCAUGGAACCCAUCUCAGCUUUUGCAGGUGAGGAUUUUAAAGUGGACAUCCCAGAAAUCCAUGGGGGAGAGGGCUAUGAAGAUGAAAUUGAUGAUGAGUAUGAGGGAGAUUGGAACAACUCUUCUUCUUCUACCUCAGGGGCCGGCAGCCCCUCGUCUGGCAAGGAAAAGAGCUGGCUGUACACACUGGAUCCCAUCCUCAUCACCAUCAUCGCCAUGAGCUCGCUGGGUGUCCUGCUGGGGGCCACCUGCGCGGGCCUGCUCCUCUACUGCACCUGCUCCUACUCCGGCCUGAGCUCCCGCAGCUGUACCACCCUGGAGAACUACAACUUCGAGCUCUACGACGGCCUCAAGCACAAGGUCAAGAUGAACCACCAGAAGUGCUGCUCGGAGGCGUGACCGACUGCUUCUGAGGAGACGUGACCGGUUGCAUCUGAAUCGCUUCUGACGUUUCGUUCCAAUGAGAGGGGCUAGUGAAGAUUAUGUUUUUGUUUUUGGUUUUUUUUUUUUUCCUUUCCCUUUGGAAACUGAAUGCCAUAAUCUUGAUCAAACCGAUCCAGAAUACGGAAGGUAUGGACAGGACAGACAGGCCAGGCUAGGGAGAAAGGGAGAUGCAGCCCUGAAGGGGAUUAGGGCCUGCCGAGGACUGUGGUGGCCAAGUUAAUGCAGGAACCGGGCCAUGUUCUCUGCUGGGACAAAGAUGGGAAUGCAUCUCUUUGGAGUCACAGUUCUAUUUCAUUUGUGGGUUUGUUAUGAUUAUGAUUGUUAUUGUUAUUUUUUUAUUUUUAUUUUUGGUCUGUGAGCAACUCAAAGAGGCAGAAGAGGAUGGCUUAUCCAGUGGAGAAGUGGGGAGAUAAUCAUUAUUCUCCGCCUCUCUUUCUAAACAACACUUGAAAAGCAAAGGGUCUUUCCAGCCCUUUCAUCUUGAGAAAUGAAACUUAAAACACAAAAAGCCACCAGCUUAGCUCACCCUCGGGUGGUGAACUCACCUCAAGAGGCUUGCUGAGGUGUGCCGGAUUCUGCCAGCCAACGCUAGGAGCUGCCAUUUUCAGUCCUAGCACACGGAAGUAGGAUGUUAUUGCCUUUAACUUUUUUUAAUCCAGGGGAAGAUUGCCAUUUUAGGGUCAGCUUGAACAAUUCUUUCUUAUAUAUGAUUUAAAACAAACCAGAACAGAAACUUCAUACGCCAGAAUCCAUAGACACACCUCUAUGGUGAGACACAGACAAGCCUUAAAAUGCUUUGAUGACUUGGGGGGGCAUUCCUUAAUGGAGACCCAGAGUUUGUGGCUGUGGGGUGUCCCUUGUGGGGCCUCUGCUGGGGGCUUUGCCUUUUCUUUUUCCUCCCAUUUGUUCUCCCACAGCAUAUACAUAGAUUCACAUAUGCACACACACACACACACACAUACACAUACACAUACACACACAUACGGGUGGAGAGAGGGAGGGAGGGAGAGAGAGAGAUUUUUACAAGUCUCUCUUCUCUCUUCUCAGAUCAAGUUAGGAAAUAGGGCUGAUGGUGUGUUUCCUCCUGGCCUUUAGAUGGAAAGAAUAACAAAGGAGAAAGAAACCCAGCCUGUGCUGAGAAGACUGAGCAGUGUGGACAGAGACAUUUUGCUGAAUCGGUCUCCUUGAUAGGUUAAUAACAUUGAUUUCUUGUGGGGAGGCUACCUCCUUGCAGGGAUGUAAACACAAGGGCACGCAUGAGUUAUUUCCACCCACAAGUCUGCAAGUGCUGUGGAUGAAGCAGUUUAUCACACUGCUUCACCUCCAGGAGAGCUUCAGUUCUCAUUCAUACACAUAUGUGCCAUGUACACAGACAAACGCGCACUCUCAUGUGCACACACGCACACACGCGCACACACACACACACACACACACAGCCGUUUAUGUGUUUUUUUUAUUAAGUGCCUUGAAAACAAUGAAGAAAAUCUAUUUUCCUCUAGGUAGGAAUCAUGACUGUCUCACAAGGUAAGGCAUUCCUCCUCCUCCUCCUCCUCCUCCUCCUCCUCCUCCUCCUCCUCCUCCUCCUCCUCCUUCCCUCCCCGCAGUGACUCCAUUCCCUGCUCCCCCACCCACUGCUGACCCACAGUGGAAUGAGUCUUGCUACCAGGGAAAAUCAGAGCCCCAGAUGACUCCAGGAAGGGAGGCAUCAGGAACAGGAUCAAACUGUGUGAACGAUAAGAUUGUCCUCAUCAGGACCCAAAUCUUGACUUUGUAUUAACGCCUAAAGAUUGUCUGUGCCCUAGAAAUACAUUAUAAGCCCCGCCAGUAUGCCCAGACAGUUGCAGAGCAGAGGUAAACUGUCUGACCUUUUUUUUUUUUUUUUUUUUUCUGCUGUGGUCACCCACAAUUUCAUUUGUCUUGUACCCAGGCAAAGGGGGUAGGGUGGACAGGUCUGGCUGGUCCCUUUAAAUGUUAACUUAUGAAAAUGCUAGUUCAGAUGGUAAUGUCGCAGUGUUUUGUAUGCAGAGAGGGAGCAGUCCUACCGACAGCUAUUUAUUCACGUGUGUGUCUUUGCAAGCCUUUGAGUUCUCUGUAUCUACUGUGUAUGUGAGUGGUCACGUGGGACUCGGUGCUGGUGUUGUGACUUUGACCUUGAGCCUGAGUGUUACUGCUGAUCUGGGCACUCCUUGGCACAGUGGUAGAGGUGAACUGUUAAUCUGUCGAGCCCUGGGGGCUUUAGCGUUAGGAGCCCCCUGAGCUGGGCAUGCGGUAGAAGAAAGUCUGUGAUUAGAUCGCCCUCCCAUGCGGCUAGGAUUCAGAAAACUGGGAGCUUCCAAGGAGGAGAGAAUUGCCCACUCUGCGGGUCCUGGCCCUCUCUUUCCCAGUGGACCAUUUUGCUGUAAUUCCCCAAAGACCAGCCCUGUCUAAAGCCUGAAGUUGUGAGUGCAACUCAGCCUGCAUCUCUCUACAACUCCUGCAUCCAUUUCACUUUGGCCAAUUUGAGGCUCUCUGGGUGGGCCCAGAGGGCUAAAAAGAAGCAGGGACCUCCAGGGCUGUAUGUAGAUACCUCACCAAGGCUGGAGGCUGGUCUGUUUGUAAGAUGUAAAGAAAGACAGCUGGGUCCCAUUCUAACUUGGCCAGGGGACACCUUGGUGCAUUUGCUAUCUCUAUCUGCAGGUAGACCAGCUGGCCCAUCUCCUUGAAUUGCUCCCUUUGGAAAGCCUAAUUCACAGUAUUGAUCUCCUCUUUUGCCUUGUACUGAAUGACACAUUACCUCCACGCUCUCCUGGACUAAGCGGUCCACAGGGCCACAGGGUUGCUUUCUCUCUUUUGUGGGGAUGGGAAGUUGACAGGGAUGAGGGUCCAAGGAAUGAGCAUGAAUGACAAGAAAACAAGUUAAGCUUUUCCAGGGUGUGUGGUUAAAGGUAUUUGACCAUUCGCUGGCUGAGCCAGAUCACGGGAACUCGAGAGCUUUUACUGUGAUUCUUCAAUGUAAAAAAAAUAAACAAUGUCAAACUGUGUUUAUAUGAUUUGUAUAAAGCCUUUUUAAGAUUACUAUUUAAAUAAACAUUAUACCAGAA